AUUCUCGGCUGCAUGCUCAGCAUUUAGGACAAAGAACAGCGGUACUCACAUUCAAUUCUCGAUGAGCUUUGCUAUGGAUUUACUCUUGUUGGCGACCAGCUGGGCUCACGUUCUUUUGGCACCAUACACGAAAGUCGAAGAAAGUUUCAACCUGCACGCAACCCAUGAUGUUCUUAUGUAUGGAGUUGGAAGGAAUAAUUUGCACAAGUUUGACCAUAACACCUUUUCAGGUGCCGUACCACGGACGUUCAUAGGAAGCAUUCUACUUGCGUGGCUCACUUCACCUGUCGCCUAUGUAGCCAGUCAGUGGGGCUUGCUAAGCACAAAGCUCGACCUUCAGAUAGCAGUGCGUUUGGUCCUUGCUACGCUAAAUGCAACAGGUCUCAUGUUGAUACGGCGGGCUGUAUGUAGACGAUUUGGUCGUCCAACUGGCCUCAUGUAUGUCCUCCUGAUAUGUUCGCAAUUCCAUCUGCCGUUUUGGAUGGGCAGGACAUUACCAAACAUGUUCGCAUUGUUCCCUGUCAACCUUGCAUUCUACGCGUUGUACGACAGAGCUCCACACUCCCAAUAUCCUGCAAGAAGGAGUGCCGAUGUUGCAUUUGCUUUACUGACGUUCACUGCCGUUGUGUUCCGCUCGGAGGUCGUGCUAUUACUAGCUCCUCUUGCCAUCCAAGCACUUCUUCUCCGGCAUAUCAGUUUUAUGAGACUGAUUAGAAUUGGUUUUUUCUCUGGCGUGCUGUCCAUCGUUUUAACCGUUACCAUCGACUCAUACAUGUGGAACCAGUGGCCGCUGUGGCCCGAGAUGUAUGGUAUAUAUUUCAAUGUAUAUCAAGGCAAGAGUUCUGAUUGGGGCACCUCACCUGUGCACGCGUAUUUCCUUUCACACCUUCCAAAGCUUCUUCUUGGAUCCUUACCGUUGGCUAUACUCGGAGCUAUCUCGGAUAACCGUGUCCGGGCCCUAAUGUACCCCCCAGUACUCUUUAUUGCCCUCAUCAGUUGUUUGGGUCACAAAGAAUGGCGCUUCAUUAUCUAUGUCGUUCCCCUAUUCAAUAUCGCCGCCGCUCGGGGUGCCUGGUGGAUGGUAUCUCGAAGGAAAGGUGGUCUUUUCGGAAGGAUGAUGUUUCUCGCAGCUAUGGGCAUACUUGCUCUGAAUUGUGCCAUCACUAUCGUAUCGACACGCGCGUCGAUGGCAAACUACCCUGGUGGUUCUGCACUCGUAACAUUCAACGAUCAAUAUGCAGACCAACAUGCUGUGCAAGUUCACAUAUCUAACCUUGCAGCCCAGACUGGGGCCUCGCUCUUCCUCCAGAGUCAUUCACCACCUUAUAUCCCAUCCAUGACCGCACCAGCAACAAAUGAUUGGGUCUAUAACAAGACGGAAAGUCUGUCCCCCACGCGAUCUUACAACAUCAACACCGUUUACUCACCUCAUUGCCGAGUCUUCGGUAGAGUUCACCGGGACUGGUCGAUGGAAGUUAGUAGACAGCGUGCAGGGGUUCUCAAGAUGGAAGUGGAACAUUCCGCGAGGCGGCAUCGCCAAGGUUCUGGAAGUUCCCCUCCAUCAGUGGUUAAGCGUGUUGGAGAUGGAGACGAACGACCAGCUUUAUAUACUAGAGAGAGUGGAAGUAAUAUUUUCUGUACCUGCUAUCUUGAUUCAGCCUGACAUCUACUUGAGUGAUUCUGCCAA